GUAUUGAUUUUGUGCACCUACGAAGCUGACAUUUGAUCAGAAAGGAGUGAAAAUUUUUCCGCAGAAUAUUUUCCACAAAAAAAAUCCAAAUGCUAGUGCAAAAUUAAGCUUCUCCCCUUUGGAAACCCUAGCGCUUUGGGGAACACUCGCGCAAAAAUCCACUUCUUAGCAACCUAACCUUUUCCUUCGCCCACGUAGGAUGCGCCCAACCUCUAUGCUUGAAUGAUUGACCGAUUGCAUACGCGUCGCUUAGGAGCUGCAAGCAACCGGAGCGAUACCGGCUCCCUAUCGGCGACUACCGCAACCGGUGUUGGCGGUGUUAUCGGUACUAGUACGAGUGGCGGCAGUGGCGGCGGCGGCGGCACUAUUACUACACCUCCAGCCAGCACCAGCUCCUCCAGCGGACACAGUCUGCAGCAACAGCAUACACAGCCGCAGGUACAACAGCAGCAACAAUUUCGCUCAUCACUACACCACCAUCAUCAUUCGUCAGGCCAUAGCCAUUUCACCUUUAAUACAGGUGGCAGUUAUAGUCAGGGCCAUAGUUCCGGCAGUCUAUCGCGCAUUUCACGCAAGGCAGGCACAUCACUCUCCGCAUCUGCACAAAGUGGGCAUGGCUUUGACGGCACCAGUACCCUAAACAGUCCGUCAGUUGUGAAUUCGGGAAGCGGCAGCGCUAGUAGUGGUCCCGGUUUACUACCCUCAAUGGCGCCAAUGUUGGGCACUUCAACAAGUGGUGGUAGUGGCGGCGGUGGCAUAGCCGGUGGUCAACUAGGUGUUAUAAGUCAAAAUGUGUCAUCGACUGCCGCAGGUAGCGGUGGCGUCGGUGGCAGUGGUGGCAGCGGUGGCGUUGGUGGAGGCGGUAGUGGCAGUGGUGCAGGUGGCAUUGGUGGCGGUGUCAUGGGCGGUAUUGGUGGCGUUGGCGGCGGUGCGAUAGGCGGUGGUGUUGGCAUGGGCAUCUGUGGCGGCAUUAGUAGUACGAUGGGGCCGAGCAGUGCUGCCAUAACUGGCGUCCCCCCUAUUGGGCUGGGCCUAGCAACGGGCAUUGGUAAUAAGAUGCUCGGCCGCAAGCAAAGCCUCAAGGGGGGCGAACCGUUUUUGGCCGAUUACGGUCCCGAGGAGUCGCUUAACGAAAGUGCCGAUAUUGAAUGGGUGAAUAAGCUGUGGGUAAGGCGACUAAUGCGUCUAUGCGCCUUAGUAUCCUUGGCCUCAGUCUCAUUGAAUACGCCGAAAACUUUCGAGCGGCAUCCCCCAUUACAGUAUAUAACAUUCGUGUCGGACACCGCGGUCACGCUGCUAUUCACCGCCGAAAUGAUUGCCAAAAUGCAUAUACGUGGCGUCUUGCAUGGUGAAGUACCAUAUCUAAAGGAUCAUUGGUGUCAAUUCGAUGCGUCAAUGGUAUUUUUUCUCUGGAUAUCGAUUAUAUUACAAAUAUUCGAAGUUUUAGAAAUUGUACCCAAAUUUUCUUACAUCUCCAUUUUACGCGCACCACGCCCCUUAAUUAUGAUACGAUUCCUGCGAGUCUUCCUGAAAUUUUCGAUGCCAAAGAGUCGUAUUAAUCAAAUAUUUAAACGCUCGAGUCAACAGAUCUACAACGUAACAUUGUUCUUCCUGUUCUUUAUGUCGUUAUACGGCUUACUGGGGGUACAAUUCUUCGGAGAAUUAAAAAAUCAUUGUGUGAUGAAUAAUUCGGAAUACGAUUACUUGGGAAGGCCCAUUUUGACGAUCAAUUCGUUGGCCAUACCCGAUACGUUCUGCUCCAUGGAUCCCGAUUCUGGAUAUCAAUGCUCACCUGGAAUGAUGUGCAUGAAAAUGGACUUUCUAAGCAGCUACGUGAUUGGCUUCAAUGGGUUUGAAGACUUUGCUACGAGCAUUUUUACUGUCUACCAAGCGGCAUCGCAAGAGGGCUGGGUCUUCAUUAUGUAUCGUGCGAUCGAUUCGCUUCCAGCCUGGCGUGCUGCCUUCUACUUUAGCACAAUGAUAUUCUUUCUCGCUUGGCUGGUGAAGAAUGUUUUCAUUGCUGUCAUCACAGAGACUUUCAACGAGAUACGCGUACAGUUCCAGCAGAUGUGGGGUGCGCGUGGUCACAUACAAAAGACGGCUGCAUCGCAAAUACUCAGCGGCAAUGAUUCCGGUUGGCGUUUGGUUACGAUAGAUGAUAAUAAACAUGGCGGCCUGGCGCCUGAAACUUGUCACGCUAUUUUACGUUCGCCCUACUUUCGUAUGUUGGUAAUGUCAGUGAUCUUGGCUAACGGCAUAGUUAUGGCCACAAUGACUUUCAAACAUGAUGGUCGCCCAAGGAAUGUGUUUUAUGAGAAAUAUUACUAUAUCGAAAUGGCGUUUACGUUCUUCUUGGACUUGGAGACGCUGUUCAAGAUCUACUGCUUGGGUUGGCGUGGUUACUACAAACAUUCAAUACAUAAAUUUGAAUUGCUGCUGGCUGUGGGCACUACCAUACACAUUGUCCCGAUGUUUUACCUCUCUGGAUUCACCUACUUUCAGGUCCUACGCGUUGUCCGUUUGAUCAAAGCGUCACCGAUGCUCGAAGGCUUCGUUUAUAAAAUUUUCGGCCCCGGCAAGAAACUCGGCUCACUGAUCAUAUUCACUAUGUGCUUGCUGAUCAUUAGCUCCAGCAUUUCCAUGCAACUUUUCUGCUUUCUCUGUGACUUUACGAAAUUCGAAUCAUUCCCGGAAGCAUUUAUGUCUAUGUUCCAGAUUCUCACGCAAGAAGCUUGGGUUGAGGUUAUGGAUGAAACUAUGAUACGCACAAGUAAAACACUGACACCCCUAGUGGCCGUCUACUUCAUACUCUAUCACUUGUUCGUCACAUUGAUCGUGCUGAGUUUGUUCGUGGCGGUUAUUUUGGAUAAUUUGGAAUUGGAUGAGGAUAUUAAGAAAUUGAAGCAACUUAAAUUUCGCGAGCAAAGCGCUGAGAUCAAAGAAACUCUACCAUUUCGUUUGCGCAUUUUCGAAAAGUUUCCAGAUUCGCCACAAAUGACUAUACUCCAUAGAAUACCGAACGAUUUCACGUUGCCGAAAGUGCGUGAGUCCUUCAUGAAACAUUUCGUAAUCGAGUUAGAAACAGAUGAUCCUUCGAUCGUCGAGAAUUGUAAGCGACCUAUGUCGGAAUGUUGGGAGUCCAAUGUGGUAUUUCGUAAGCAGAAGCCUGUACGAAUAAUGAACAAAACGCCAAAGGUGCGUUCGGCCGGCAGCAGUUUGCGGAAGUUAGCUAUCACUCAUAUAAUCAAUCGACUUUCCAGUGAUUCGAAUAAUCAGCGUUUAAUGCUUGGAGACUCCGCUAUGCUGCCUGUCGUAGGCGGCAAAGGGGGUUUAAAGUCUCAAGGCACCAUAACACAUUCGAAACCAUGGCGUGUAGAUCAAAAGAAAUUUGGUUCACGUUCUAUACGCCGGAGCGUACGUUCCGGUUCGAUUAAAUUGAAACAGACUUAUGAACAUUUAAUGGAGAAUGGCGACAUCGCAGCAGCGCCACGCGCCAAUUCGGGGCGUGCACGUCCACACGAUCUGGAUAUAAAGCUGUUGCAAGCGAAGCGUCAGCAGGCCGAGAUGAGACGCAAUCAACGCGAGGAGGACUUGCGCGAGAAUCAUCCCUUCUUCGAUACACCGCUCUUCCUAGUGCCGCGUGAGAGUCGUUUCCGUAAGAUUUGCCAGAAAAUCGUGCAUGGCCGCUACGACGCCCGUCUCAAAGAUCCACUGACGGGCAAGGAACGCAAAGUGCAGUACAAAAGCAUGCAUAACUUUCUCGGUCUUGUCACUUACUUGGAUUGGGUAAUGAUCUUCGUUACGACACUCUCCUGUAUUUCAAUGAUGUUUGAAACGCCCAGCUACCGGGUUAUGGAUCAUCCGACUCUACAAAUAGCUGAAUAUGGGUUCGUUAUUUUUAUGAGUCUGGAGCUGGCACUUAAAAUACUCGCCGAUGGCCUCUUCUUCACGCCAAAAGCAUAUAUAAAGGACGUCGCCGCUGUGUUGGAUGUCUUCAUAUAUGUUGUUUCUACAUCCUUCCUCUGCUGGAUGCCUCAACAGAUACCGACCAGUUCCGGCGCACAACUCCUAAUGAUUUUGCGCUGUGUGCGUCCGUUGCGUAUUUUCACGCUGGUGCCACACAUGCGCAAGGUCGUUUAUGAGUUGUGUCGCGGCUUCAAGGAGAUCCUGCUCGUAUCCACGUUGCUCAUACUGCUCAUGUUUAUAUUCGCCAGCUAUGGUGUACAGUUAUAUGGUGGGCGAUUGGCGCGUUGCAAUGAUCCUACUAUAAUGCGUCGUGAGGAUUGUGUGGGCGUGUUUAUGCGACGCGUUUUUGUAACAAAAAUGAAACUCACGCCCGGCGCCAAUGAGUCGUAUCCGUCAAUGUUGGUGCCCCGCGUCUGGGCUAAUCCGCGCAGAUUCAAUUUCGACAACAUCGGUGAUGCGAUGCUGACGUUAUUCGAAGUGCUCUCCUUCAAGGGUUGGUUAGAUGUGCGAGACGUGUUGAUUAAAGCUGUUGGACCGAUACAUGCCAUCUAUAUACACAUCUAUAUUUUCUUGGGUUGCAUGAUUGGACUGACCUUGUUUGUGGGUGUGGUGAUCGCUAACUACUCGGAGAACAAAGGUACCGCUCUCUUGACAGUCGAUCAGCGUCGUUGGUGCGAUCUGAAAAAGCGUUUGAAAAUUGCGCAACCUCUGCAUUUACCACCGCGUCCUGAUGGCAGAAAGUUCCGUGCAUUUACCUAUGAUAUAACGCAGAAUAUAAUUUUCAAGCGUAUUAUAGCGGUGGUGGUGCUGAUCAAUAGCAUGUUGCUAUCUAUUACGUGGAUUAAGGGUGAAGUGCAUACUGAACGUUUAGUGAUCGUCAGCGCUGUGCUGAAUUUUGUGUUUGUCAUUGAAGUGGUUAUGAAGAAUAUAGCGUUCACUCCACGCGGCUACUGGCAAUCGCGACGAAAUCGCUAUGACCUACUGGUCACAGUGGCUGGCGUUGUUUGGAUAUUCUUGCAAACUAUAUUAAGGAAUGAUCUCUCAUAUUUCUUCGGUUUUAUGGUGGUAAUUUUGCGUUUCUUCACCAUUACUGGCAAACACACCACACUCAAAAUGCUUAUGCUAACAGUGGGCGUGUCCGUUUGCAAAUCAUUUUUCAUCAUAUUCGGCAUGUUUUUGCUGGUGUUCUUCUAUGCUUUGGCUGGCACUAUCCUCUUCGGUACUGUCAAGUAUGGUGAGGGUAUUGGAAGGCGUGCAAAUUUCGGUUCACCCGUCACAGGAGUGGCUAUGUUGUUUCGGAUUGUUACCGGAGAGGAUUGGAAUAAGAUUAUGCAUGACUGCAUGGUGCAGCCGCCAUACUGUACACCGGGAAACAAUUACUGGGAAACCGAUUGUGGCAAUUUCACCGCCAGUUUAGUUUACUUCUGCACGUUCUACGUCAUAAUUACCUAUAUUGUGCUAAAUUUGCUAGUGGCUAUUAUCAUGGAGAACUUUUCAUUGUUCUAUUCAAAUGAGGAGGAUGCGCUGCUUUCCUAUGCUGACAUAAGAAAUUUUCAGAACACAUGGAAUAUAGUGGAUAUACAUCAACGUGGCGUCAUACCGGUACGACGUGUAAAAUUUAUACUGCGUCUCUUAAAAGGACGACUGGAGUGUGAUCCACAAAAGGACCGAUUGCUUUUCAAGUACAUGUGCUAUGAGCUGGACAAGCUGCAUAAUGGCGAAGAUGUGACAUUCCACGAUGUAAUCAACAUGUUAUCCUAUCGCUCAGUGGACAUACGUAAGGCCUUACAGCUAGAGGAAUUACUGGCACGCGAAGAAUUCGAAUAUUUAGUUGAAGAAGAGGUGGCUAAGAUGACGAUACGCACAUGGUUGGAGGGUUGUUUGAAAAAGAUACGCGCACAAAAUAAGCAACAAAAUUCUCUCAUAGCCGGUUUGCGCGCCACUAAUGAACAGCUUAUGCUGCUUAAGGCUCCCGAAGAUAAAACACCCACCACCGGUGGGGAAAAACCACCUGGCAGCGCCACUGCACCUUGCCCACCUACCAGUGAUGCUUUUUCGCCCACCUUCAGUUCAACCGAGAACGAAGAGAAGGAUGCCAGCGGCAGUGCCGCCAUUUCAACUACCGCCGAUGCACAUGGCGUGCAACGUGUCAUAAGUGCCACCAAGCGUGUCUAUGUGCUAAAUCGCUCCGAUUCGACGGGUAGUUCAGCUGGUCGCAAAUACUUGGCACCCACCACAUCCGAUCCACAACAACGCAGCACACUCACCGACAAAGAGCGCUUGCAUAUUAGUAGCCAGCAGAAGAAGAAAAAUUCAAUGACAGCAGUGCCCACACUGCCACCCGUUGUGGCAGCGAGCGGUGCUGUAAUUAAACGCGAUAUAAAUCGCACGUCGGGUUAUUUCGCUUCGACCAAUAGCGAUGGCAGUCAAUUUCAUUAUCCACCGAAUGUGACGAAUCACUAUGGAGAACAACAUGGACCGCUGGGUAGUCCAUCGGCAAUUAUGGGACACAUAAUUGCGGGUAGUAAACUAUUACCUUUCAACAAUCAAGCAAAUGCGGUGUACGAGGUGCACGAUUGGUGGCAAGAGCAAGUGAUUUGCACGCUCUACAGCGAUGAUGAAGGUUAGUUUUUGUAUUAAAUUGUGAAUUAAAUAGUAGGAAAAACUAAACAAUCUAGGUAUAAGUACGAUUAAAAAAUUAGUAAUUAUAAGAUGGGAUACUAUGAUUAGUAAAUUAAUGUGAUUAAUGUAAAUGUUACAUUUUAUCGUUAAAUUGUUGGCUUUGCUAAGCACAAUGCCAAAUUUACAGACACAAAUAAUAAUAUACUCAAUGAUAGAUAAUAUACAGUUAUUGUUUCAUGAGUUGGAUACUUUUAGACAAUAUUAUAAGAUAAUAUUUAAUAUGUAUUAAAACAUACUUUGGUGUAUUAACUUUGUAAUAAAAAUAUGUUGAAUAAUUGGA